GUCUGCACUACAAGUAUAUCAAUAAUAUCAACAUGAAGACACUACUCUUGCCCUUGCUGGUGGCUGUGGCUGUGGCUGAGAGACCGCCUCUCUCCUACGACGCCCCUGCACCCCACACAUCCUCGCCCGUUCAGCAGAUCCCCAUCAUCCGCGACGAGCGAGUCCAUCCUGCCGCUGACGGCACUUACAGCUUUGACGUUGAGACUGGGGAUGGCAUCGUCAGGAGCGAGUCUGGCGGCCCAGGUGGCGCUCAACAAGGAACCGUGAGCUUCACCUUCCCAGAUGGCCAGGUCUUCGAUCUUCAGUUCGUCGCUGAUCUUAACGGUUACCAACCUCAGUCGCCCUUCCUGCCCGUCGCCCCUGCAUUCCCCCACCCAAUCCCCGCCCACGCCCUUGAGCAGAUCGAACGAGGUAGACUUGAACUCGAGGCUCGCGCCCGCGAAGAACAACGUCAGUCAUCAAGCCAUGGACAGGCCAAUCCCUCUCGCCUCUACGGUCAACCUCAGUAAAAUGUUUUCCCCACUGAACGCCAACGACAAUAUGCUCUUGUUACCCUGUUAUUCUAUUUUUUUCUUUCUUUCUUUAUCGCCCCACUAUGUGAAUGCCGUACGUUUCGCUAUGCAUCGUGUUAUAUCUCUUU